AUGCCGGUGUACGCUCUCGGUUCUGCCCUGCCGCGCCUGGCGGAAGGCGCCUGGGUCGCGCCUGGAGCGCAGGUGGUGGGAGAUGUGCGGCUGGGGAAGGAUGUCGGCGUGUGGUUCAACUGUGUUCUGCGAGGGGACGACUCGCACAUCGAGGUAGGGGAUGGGACCAACAUUCAGGAUUUGACCAUGGUGCACCUGGACGAGGGGCUCCCUUGCACCAUCGGCAAGAAUGUCUCUGUCGGCCACGCCUGCGUGCUGCACGGUUGCACCGUGGAGGACGACGUCCUCGUUGGUAUGGGGGCCGUCAUCCUAAACAAGGCCGUCAUUGGCCGGGGCAGCGUCGUGGGGGCUGGGGCGCUCGUCCUGGAAGGCAUGCAGGUGCCUCCCUUCUCCUUGGUUGUGGGCUCCCCUGCUCAGGUGAAGAAGACCUACCAGGAGGCAGACCGUCUGCAUGCGCAACGUCAGCAUGCAAGCAAAUAUGCCAACAAAGCAUGUCGCUUCCGGCGAGCAUUGGCACCGACUGGCGAAUUCAUGCCCAUUAGCGAAAGCGAGUUCAACAUGGCAAGUGCGAUCGCACUGGCAGCUGCUUGCGGGGCACUGGCUUUGGCAAGUUAUGCGGCAUGGCGACGUGGUCCGUAG